ACUCUAGCAAAAUCUCGUACGGUGUACGUAGACGUAAAAAUUUAAUUGCGAGCGCACAGCUGCCCUUAAAGCGUAGAUGCAAGCAUUCAUAGAAAUAAAUGGGAUGGCAGCCAAGUAAGAUCGAUGCGCGCAGUCCUAGCCACCCUCGCCCUCAUCACGUCCAGCGCAGCGGCCCGCGGCAGCGAGAUCUACCGCAACUACACGGACAAGCGAGACCGCUGCUUCGAGCAUAGCAGAGAUGGCCGGCCGGCGCAGCGCCGCUUGAAGAAGCAAACGGCCGACGCGUACGAAAAAGAAGGGAGACGAAGGGACGCGCUGCCGGCGUGCGGUGCCGCGCUCCCGGUGCCCGCGAGCCCACCAUCGCUCUGGUGCCAAGCGCAUCGACUGCGCUUUCCGACGCGAUGCGGCCGCAGCGUGCUCUGCGUGCCGCAAAAAAACGGCAACCGCGACUUUAGCCUGCUCAUCUACGCGAUGACCUACGGGCAAAUUCCGCAGCAGGAGAUAAGCAAGGGCGAGAAAGGAAAGCACCCCGACGUGUGGAUGACCACCGUCACGGCCACCGACACGGUCUACGUCGUGAGCCGGAACCCCUAUACCCGGUUGCUCUCGACCUACCUGGAUAAGGUACUCAGGUGCUUCGGCGAGGGUGAAAAGACGGGCAAGGAAGCGAGCGGGAACUGCGACCACGACCUGUUGGCGCAGUCGGGCGCCUUUCCCGACGAGAUCGCUGAGAUGGAACGUACUCCGAAGCACGCGCCGUCGUUCGCGGACUUCGUCAAGCUCGUCGAGGAGGCCACGGAGCGGUACGACCUCUGCCGGGUCGACCACCACCUCUGCCCCCAGAGCCAGGGCUGUUUGUUGGGCGGCGCGCGGCGGCUGCAGUUGCUGCGCCUGGAGCAUAUGCAGAGCUGGCUCCCCUGCUUGAACGAGACGUUAGGCCUCACGUUCUUGGAAGGAGCCGGCUGGCGGCGCUGGAAGUCGAAGCCCUGCUUCUACGGCGACUGCGGCGGCGCGGAAGCCUCGAACGUCGGCGCGGUGCACCCGACGGGCGCGAGCGACCGCGUCGGCGAGUUCUACGACGACAAGACGGCGGCGGCGGCGCUGCGGUUGUAUCGGGAGGACUUUGAGAUCCUCGGGUACCCGACGGCGCUGCCACUGACGAAGCCUGUGUAA